AUGAUACGGCAAAUGCGAAGCCAGCAGAUCCUCUCCAAGUUGCUUGCGACAAGCCAGGUGAGAGUCCGUGGGUCCGGUCUCUCGUAUUCCGAUGCAUGCAGCGACUUGGAUGAUCGGCAGCUGGCGAUGGUUCCCGGGGAUUUCUGGGGACUGCUGGAGCCGCAGACUUGCUCUCACCAUCACGCAAAAGCCAGAAGACAUUCAGGUGUGCUCCAUGCAACGACACCUCACUUGGCCGCCCUGGCACGCGCUGGUCCAAAGAUGCGAUGCCGCUGGGGCUGGUGGUGCUCAACCUGGCGUUACUUUCGUUUCGCCUGCCCUGAAAAUUUUUCUCAAGUCUCGCAGCUUCAGGCCGUAUCGCUCGGCGCAAGAGGUCGCUGA